UCCUCAUUUCUUUGCUUUUGGUGCAAAUUUAACAACGCAAACGAAUAUUAAAAAAAAAAAAUGGGGUUUCGAUAAAAAUAUGAAUAUAUUUAGUUCAUUAUAUGAAACCAAUGCAAUUGCAGGCAAUCAUGAUUUUGAUAGUGAAAUAGAAAGCUAGCCUUUCCCUUUGCCAUUGCGUUUGCCUCUCUUGUGUUCACUGUUUCAGGGAUAAUUAAACCCUUUCAACCACCUCUCUUGUCUCCGCCAUUAAAGCUUCUGAAAGAAAAAAGAGAGUCAAUUUUCAUUCAUUUAAUUCCUUUGUUUCUCUGGUACAAAAGAUCCAAGGGGAGAUAAAGUGUUGUUUGUUUUUAGCUAUUGUUUUAUUUUUAUAGUAAUGCAUUGCUAGCUUCUCCAAUUUCAUCACUUUCCUUUGGCACUGAAUGAGAUAAUAAUGGCUUCUAACGCUUACAUUAUUGCUAAUAAGAGAGCCGUUUCGUCUCAUCCUCAUCGUCAACCCCAUCUUCCUCUUCUUCUUCUUCUGUUCUCUCUCCUUUUCAUCGGGAAAUUCGAUCUUGUUUCGGCUCUAAAUUACACCAAGUAUACUAGGAAAGUGAGUAACUUGAGGCUUCAAAGAAUUCAAAAACACUUGGAAAAGAUCAACAAACCUGCUGUCAUCACCAUUGAGAGCCCAGAUGGAGAUAUCAUAGAUUGUGUUCAUAAAAGAAAACAGCCAGCUUUGGAUCACCCUCUUCUGAAAAAACAUAAGAUUCAGAGAGUCGCACCGGAGAUGCCAAAAGUGAAAACGUUGAAAAGAGAUGAAGGAAGUGGAGAUUCAAAGAGGAAAGAAGGAGAAGAUUUAAUAUGGCAAAUGUGGCAUAGGAAUGGGACAAGAUGCCCCAAAGGAACUGUUCCAAUACGGCGGAGCACAACUCGUGAUGUUUUGAGAGCCAAGUCGUUGUUUCACUUCGGCAAGAAACAAUCUACCACCAUCAACCCUACUCGCCGUGCCGACGCUCCCGACGUCGUUAGCAGUAACGGACAUGAGCAUGCGAUUGCAUAUACGGGAACAUCCCAAGAGGUAUAUGGGGCAAAGGCUACGAUAAACGUGUGGGACCCAUCCAUCCAAGAGGUCAACGAAUUCAGCCUAUCACAGAUUUGGAUUCUUUCGGGAUCAUUCGACGGCUCUGAUCUCAACAGCAUCGAAGCUGGAUGGCAGGUCAGUCCGGAGCUUUAUGGUGACAGCAGGCCAAGACUCUUCACAUAUUGGACGUCUGAUUCCUAUCAAGCAACUGGAUGCUACAACCUUCUAUGUGCAGGCUUUGUGCAAACAAAUAGUAGAAUUGCCAUUGGCGCUGCCAUUUCUCCUGUCUCACAAUAUGAUGCUAAUCAAUAUGAUAUUACCAUCCUCAUUUGGAAGGAUCCUAAGCUAGGAAAUUGGUGGAUGGGGUUUGGUGAUAAUAACCUGGUAGGUUAUUGGCCAGCAGAGCUAUUUACUCACCUAGCAGACCAUGCCACCAUGGUGGAAUGGGGUGGUGAAGUAGUGAACUCAAGGGCCAACGGCAAGCACACGUCUACGGAAAUGGGCUCCGGUCACUUUGCUGAAGAUGGGUUUGGAAAAUCGAGCUAUUUCCGGAACUUGGAGCUUGUUGAUGCCGAUAAUAGCUUGAGUUCGGUCCAUGACAUAUCAACCCUAGCUGAGAAUACAAAUUGUUACAAUAUCAAGAAUUCUUACAACAAUGAAUGGGGAACAUAUUUCUACUACGGAGGGCCUGGGAACAAUCCACAGUGCCCUUGAGCAUCACCGUCCGGUCGACUUUACGGCAAGAUAUGAUUUUAAAGAUAACGUAAAAAAAAAAUUAUUGUCAAAAUAUUCUUUAUUUGUGUAAGUAUGAAUUAUGCUAUUCCCAGUCUUGGAAUUUUGCUAAUUUUGGUUAGCCUUGAUUUGGUGAGGAAGGAAAUGUGUAUUAUUAGUGAAAGUAAGACUAAAGGCAAAUUGCAUAAACAGGCAUGGGAGUAGCAAUAUUUUGGGAAUAGGGCAUGGUUUAAUGUGAAAUUUUCCUCGAUUGUAACAUUUAUAGUACAGUUUCAACCCAAAUGUUUAUUGCUAAGCUAUAAAGUCUAAGCUUUUCGAUUAGAAAAAUAAAAAUAUAUAUUAAUGAUUAAA